GUUCAAAGACACCAUCCUCACUUCUUCCCUUCCUCAAAGCUACGUGUCCUACCAAAUACAUCACUUUGUGCAUUUACGCGCUAAAAACCAAACUUCUCCCCUCUUUCCUCACUUCAACCGCGAACCACUAUAAAUCCCCUCUAAUUAAACUCCAACUCAAACAUCUCAAUCUCAAUCUCAAUCACGAACAUGGACCCAAAGCAGCCAAAUCUCAACGGAGCCUACUAUGGCCCCCCAAUCCCCCCUCAGCCUCAAUCCUACAACAACAUCGGCCGCCGUUCCUCGUGCGGCCCUUGCUCUUGCCUCUGCUCCCUCCUCAAAGCCCUAAUCUCCAUCAUCGUCAUCCUCGGCAUCGUCGUCCUCGUCCUCUGGCUCGUCUUUCGUCCCAACGAAAUCAAAGUCUACGUGACCUCCGCCGACCUCUCCCAGUUCAACCUCACCAACAACAACAAUCUGCAGUACAAUCUGUCGCUCAACAUGUCCAUUAGGAAUCCCAACAAAAGGAUCGGAAUUUACUACGAUUAUAUGGAAGCUCGAGCCAUUUACGAUGGUUCAAGAUUUGGGUACACGAAUAAUUUGCCGACCUUUUAUCAAGGGCAUAAGAAUACUAGCGAUUUCUUCCCGGUGUUUCAAGGCCAAAGUUUGGUGUUUGGCGAUUCUCUGAAGGGCACUUACGGCAGAGAGAAAGGGGAGGGGUUUUAUUAUGUUGAGGUGAAGGUUUAUAUGUGGAUUAGGCUGAAGGUUUCUAUUGUCAAGAUUCGCGCUAAGCCUCACGUUGAUUGUACGUUGAAGUUGCCAGUGCCGGGCUCCGGCGCGAAGUUUGAAGAGACAAGCUGCGAUGUCGAUUACUUUUGAUUUGGGAUCGCUUAUCGUUUGUUGAUACGUUAUUAUUUGAUAGAGGGGAUAUUAUUGUGGUUCGUACGCUUUGAUGUAUUCUUUUUUGGAGUUAUACACAUGUUUGCAGCAUUUGUAUGUAUGCCAUCGUUUAUAUACCUAUGAAUAAGACAUUUUUUUUAGAUAA